AUGGUGACCCUGGUAGAAUUGACGGCUGCGGCAGCGGUGAUGGUUGAUGGUGACAAUGGUGGUAUCAGCGAAUCCGGCGGCGGCGGCGGCGCGGAGGCUGUGGUGAUAGCAGCGGUGACGGCAGCGUUGGAGGCAGCAGUGACGGCAGCAAUGGUAGAAGCGGCAGCAAUUGUAGAAGCGGCAGCGGCAGCAGUGGUGGAGGAAGUUAUUGGUGGUGACGAUAGCAGUGGGGUUAGCAGGAGUUGCAGUGUCGGAGGCAGUGGCGGCGAUAACAGCAACACUGGUAGCGUCAGCAGCAGUGGUGGUGCUGGUGCAAAAGGCAGUGGUGGGGUCGCGGUGGUGCUGGCGAUGGAGUAG